GGGGAAUCGGCCCGCACGAGAUCUCGUGGUGAUUCUGUGACUGGUGCGAGCCUCCCUCUUACGCUUCGCAUCCUCGGGUGAGGCGGCAGUGAGUGACAGAAAGAUGCAUUGACUGACAUGGCAUGGACAGGAGGAGGAGGAGACCUCUAUAGAAAGAAACCAAGCAAGCCAACAAAUGCCUGCUCCCGUGUGCUGUGUGGUGGCAGAUAGAUAGACAAGACGGACGAGUGUGUGAGGCGCUGAGUCAGCGACGGGGGAGAGGCAUGUCUGAGUCCGCGAGUGUGGGGACGAAGCGUCCGGCCGAGCAGGUCAUCAACGGGCAGCCGGACGGCCCGGCCAACGCUCCAACGAGCGUCCAGCAGCAACAGAGUGGGAGUGGGGAGCAGCCCAAGAAGCUGAGGCGGUCACGAUGGGGUCAGGCGCCAAGCGACGUGGAUGCCACCGCUGCAGCACAGAAACAGGCACAGCCACAGUCGCAGAAUGGUCAGCCGAGGGGGGGAGUGGUGCACACACACACACGCGCAGGCAGGAAUGCAUUCGUUUAUUCGUCUCUGUCGGUGUGGGUGUGUGUGUGGCUGUGUGCAGGUCCGUCGUCAGCUCAGCCCCCUCCCCCCUCCUCAGCACCACCACCAGCAGCAGCGGCGGCAGCGGCGGUGCCGUUCGAUGUGUCGCUUGCCAAGAAGGCUAUGGAAGGUCAGAUCGAUAGAGUCAUACCCAAUACCCACACCCACAGCCACACCCACCGAAUGUGCCGAUUGACAGAUGCGCUCGCCAAGGCCAAGGAAGCAGCGGCGCAGAAGGAGGCCAUCCAGCGGCGGCUCAUGGCCGCCCAGCAAGCCUCACAGCAGGCCGCGACACCCACACCCGCACCACCGGCAGCGCUGCCGCUGAGUGGCGGGCUGAACCUGGCAGUGUUGCAGGCGCAGCAGCAGCAGGCCCUGCAGCUGCAGCUCGCCAAGGCCAAGGCGCAGGCACAAGCUCAAUUGCAGGCGGGGAUGCAUCGGGCCAUGGGUGCACAGGGAGGUACGUAUCUGACUGAACAGCAUGAAGGAAGGCGCAUUUGUGAUGGAUGGAUGCAUGUGUUUCGGUGUGGUGUGGUGUGGUGGUGGGUGCGAUGCAGCGAUGCGUCCGCUGCGUGUGGAUGAGUUUGGCAGAGAGGUGGACGAGGAGGGCAAAGUCGUACCCAUCAAGCCGCAGCUCAGAUCUACUCUCAAGGUACCCCCCUCACCCUCCCCCUCCCACCGACACAACCCCCUGUCCCUCCCUCUGUCCACUUUUGUGUGUGUCUGCCCUGCCCCCAGGUGAACAUCAACAGGGAGAAGGAGGAGCGCAUCAAGAAGAAGCCCUUCGCCCGCGUCAAGCCCGACAAGAGCGUCGUCGACCCCAAAAAGAACCCCUUCUUCGACCCAAACGUCAGAGGCGGAAAGGUCAGUCCGCAGAUGUCUCUUCUUCUCGUCUGCCCCCCUGCAGCUGCCACACAUGAGACUGCUCAUAUUGCUGUGUGUUGUUGUGGUGUGUUGUGGUGUGUUGUGUUGCUGUGUCCUUCCUCCUCUUUGGCUGGCUGCCUGCCUGGCAGAAAGCGCGCCGCGGCUUCCACUUUGUCGAAGAAGGUGAGCAGGCAGGCAGGCAAACUACCGAGCUGGCCAGCGGCACUCUGUCCGCAUGGGUGCAUUGGUGUGUUCAGGGACGUACGUGAAGCGUGAGCAGCAGAUACUGAAGCGCGCCGAGGCCAAGGCGCUCGGCAUCGACCUACAGAAACUGCACGCCGAGAAACAGGUCGACACCAACCCACCCACCCAUUAUCCACCCGACACACACGUGUCGGCGUGUGUGGUGUGUGUUGUCAGGCGCGUGCAAAGGAGGAGAGUGCUGCGCUCAAGAAGGAGCAGGGCGAGGGAGAUGAGGAGUUCAACCCCAACCUCAUCCCACUCGGUGAGCACACACACGCCAUGGCCACUAUAAUGAUUCACUCCAUCACUCAUUCAAUCGCAGGUGGGCUUGGUCCUGCCAUGAAGCUGCCGACGUUGUUCCCGAAGCAGGAGGAGGGAGAGGAGGGUCCUGAUCUCGACCUCGAAGGGGAGGAGGAGGAGAGGGUUUCUCUCUCACCCUCUCUGAGGGCGGACAGGGUGGUGCCGGUCGUCGAGAGCAUCAAAAUGCGCCCACGGGUGAGCUUGUCUGGAUGGAUGGAUGGAUGGGUGUGUGUGUGUGUGUGUGGUGGGUGUGUGCAGGAGAUCAUCCCCGAGGUGGAGUGGUGGGACAAGCCCAUCCUGAAGGCCAAGACAGACCAAGAAGGCGUCAAGAGAGAACAAGAGGGAGAGGGGGAGGACUUCAACUGGGUCAUCAACACGGUGAGUGUCCGGGCCCCACACAGGCAACCAACAUGUGUGUGUGGAUGUGUCGAUGUGUGGGUCAUGUGUGUGCAGGACAAGAUCACCCACUAUGUCGAGCACCCAGUUCCCAUCAAGGUAAUCCAGCCAAGUCACCCCCCACCACCCCACACCAGACACUGGAGGCAUGUGUGUGUGUGUGUGUGUGUUUGUGUGUGUGUGUGUCCACGGGGUGGAUGCGAUGCAGCCCGCCGCCGAGGCCGACUCCACUGUGACCCCCACCAUGUACCUCACGCAGAAAGAGCGGUGAGCCCCCACAUCACAUCACACCAGACAGACAGACACCCACCCCCCCCCUCCCCCUACAGACGCCACGCCCACACGUGUGUGUGUUGUGUGUCCGUCGCCACCAUGCCUGUGCUGUGUGCAGAAAGAAGCUGCGCCGUCGCCGUCGCCAGGAGAAGGAGCAGGAAAAGCAGGACAAAAUCAAAAUGGGACUCAUCCCACCGCCACCGCCCAAAGUCAAGGUGCGUGGCGGCCUGACACCACUCACAUCACAGCGACCCGAUGCACAGAUGGGUGGGUGGACUGUCUAUGUGUGUGUGUCUCUGUGUGUGUGUGGUCGGUCAGCUUUCCAACCUCAUGAAAGUCCUGGGCAACGAAGCCGUUGCGGUGAGCUGAAAGAGCGCUGUCAACACACACACACACACACACAAACAAACACACACACAGAGAGAGCGAGAGAGGGAGGGAAUGGAUCUCUUGUGUGUGUCUUUGUGUGUGUGCCAACACGUGUAGGAUCCCAGCAAGAUCGAGAAGCAGGUCAAGCACCAGAUGGAGAAGCGCAUCAAGGACCACGAAGCCCGCAACGUGGUAUGUGAUGUGACGACCUGCACAGACACCCCACAGCCCCACACCACCUCUCUCUGUGUGUGUUAUCUGUGUGUGUGCAGGCUCGUCAGUUGGCCCCCGAGGAGCGCAAGAAGAAGAAGAUCAGCAAGUGGCAGAGCUCAUCGGGCGUCGACUUUGAAGUCGCCAUCUUCACAGUAAGACACACACGCAGAUAUACACACACGCACGCACAUACACACACACACACACAGAGAGAGAGAGAGAGAGAUCUCGCGGGGUGGAAACCUUUCUGUGUGUGGAUGUCUGUGUGUGUGUGCAGGUCAAGAAUUUCGAGAGCCGGCGGAAUGUCUACAAGGUGAGUGCGUGAGUGCGUUGACACAUGGGUGCGCAUAUGUGUCUCUUAUCUAUGUGGUGCCUGCCUGUGGCUUCCUUCAGGUCGACAUCAAUGCCCAGCAGUUCCACCUCACGGGCGCCUGCGUCAUCUGCCCGGCCGCAAACACACACUGCGUCAUCGUAGAGGUAUGAAAGGAGAGGGAGAGAGGGAGAGAGAGAGAGAGGAAAGAACCCCCCCACACACACCCAUCGCCCAUCCAUCCAUCCAUCCAUCGAUGUGUCUCUCUUCCAGGGUGGCCCCCGGUCCAUCAAGCGUUACAAGAAGCUCAUGCUGCGCCGCAUCAAGUGGGAGGAGGGUUCCGAUGCCGCGGCAGCGACCAAGGGCGAAGAGGCCGACACCAACAUGAGUGGGGGCAACGCCGAGGGAGACGACGACGAGGUACCUCUGUCUGUCUGUCUGUCUAGGGGGGCUGGGACAUACACGCCUGGCAUCUGUGCGUGUGUUGUGUCUCGAUUGAUUGCAGGAAGACGAGGACGAUGAGACGGGCAAGAAGGGGAGCAGCACCUUCUGCCAGCUCGUGUGGCAGGUCAGUCUAUCAGCCACCGCCUGUGUGCCCGCCCCCUACACCAAUCUGUGUGUGUGUGGUGGUGGUGUGCAGGGUGUGGUGGCCACGCGUGCCUUCAAGAACUGGCGAGUCUACAACACCAAGGGCGAGUUUGAGGCAAAGAAGAUCUUCUCCGACAGACACGUGGUGCGUUCACCGCGUGUAUGCACCCACGCACACACAUCCAUCCAUGUGUGUGUGUCUUCAUUGUGUUGUGUGGUGUCGUGUUGUGUUGUGGUGUGUGCAGGAGUCGUAUUGGGACAUGGUCAAGAAGUUCCGGCCCGCAGAAGCGGACAUUUGAUCUCGUCAUCGGUCCGUGUACGCGUGACGCCGCCUUGUCGUUAUUGUGCUGGCAAUCUUUGCUCAACCGGUGCCGAUCCAUCGGUUGCAGUGAAGGUCGUCAGCGAGAAGCGAGCAAGGAAGCGCCACGCACUCACAGAGAGAGAGGGGUAGGCAAUGAGUGGAUGGACACAUGGUUUGUCGGUCGGUCCGCGGGAGGCGGUUGGAAUGGGUGGAGAUGGUGUAUGCGCGCAUCAUGGUUCCGCAUGGUUCAUACGUGUGUGCGGGUGGACGCUCGUAUAGACAGACCAUAUGCACGAGGGCAUCCAUCCAUCCAUCCAUUCAUUGGUGAGAA